AUCAAUUUAGAAUCAGGUUGCUUUCAAACAUUUUAGAUAUCUCGAUUAUUCAUUAGUUAGAGAGCUCAUUUCUGGACUACGUGGAAAGUAAACAUGAACGAGAAACUGAAGGAUACAAAUCCACCACCUACUGCUGCACAAACCUGUCUUCGAAAGUACAUCAUGUUUACAUGUUUAAUGGUUUUGGUGACGGUGAUCACUACAACCGGUGUAGCAACUAUUGAAACACUUGAGUAUUUAUACAAAGCUUUUUACAUACCACUGGUUUUUCUUGUACUCGGUGCGAUCCCCGUGUCAGUGUUAUUGAUUAUUGAGAAACUUAGAGAGACUUUUCCACUUAAUGAAGGACUGAUCUCACUUUCGGUUUUACUAUGGUCAAUUGCCUUACCUGCUGUCUCCAAAUCCAUGGGAUUUUUAAUUUUUGCACCAUGGAUUAUCACAAUCAUCGUAGCUCUGUUGACACUGAUAAUUGGAUACAGAACUGUGAAACGGAGUGCGAAAGUGAGCAUCAUACUAUUGAGCGUCGCUGGUGGAAUCACAGUGUUGGGUAUCAUUCUGUUAAUUGCUUUUAGACUUGCCCAGCGUGAAAUAAUUGCAGUUAUUCUGUCUGGCAUAUUUUUGGCUUCCGCUGUACUCAUAGUGUUAUAUCUCACUGGACAAGGUAUAAAGCGUUGCAACAAUGAAACAACGAGAACCCUUCUACCGAUGUGGUUAGCUCUGAUUACUUGGGCAGCAAUUGUUUAUUUAUUCAUAUCCAUAGCUGUGAUGUUUAUAGAAGGCGAAACGGCGAAACGUUGAAAACUGAAGAAUAACGCCCUCCCUCUUUGAAAGAUCAAG